GAAGUCUGACUGCACAUUUAAGAAAAGCUGAGAAGGUGAAUGGAGAAAAGCAUGAAGAGAUGAAGUUGUCUUGAGCAUUACUCGCAGAGAAAGAGAAAAUUUUUAAUAUGAAUUAUCUUCACAGCUGGUUCUUUGCAUCCUGGGUUCUCUGUUAUCUCACAAUUUCAAAAUGCAGCGAUGUCACUGUACAGAGUUUCAAGGCUGAUCGUGUCAUUUUGCCAUGCAAAUAUGACAGCAAAUAUCAUGGAAAGUGUCACAUAUGCUGGAUGAAAGGAGACAUUCCCACUAUGGGUUGUGGUAAUGAAAUUAUCGGAAGUGAUGGAGAUAAAGUGGUGAGGGAAAUAUCAUCCAGAUACCAGCUGGCGGGAGAAAUACAGCAUGGAGAUGUGUCUCUGACCAUCUUAAACAUUACAAAAACAGACUCUGGCAAAUAUGGAUGCCGCAUACAUGUACCUGGACCGUUUAAUGAUGAGAUGUAUUACGUCCACUUGAUUGUUAAUGACGAAGCUACUGACAUCUACAUGGAGGAAGCCGUUACGGUGGUCCAAAGUGAGGAUACAAUGGAAACAUUUGUCAUAAAUACUGUAAGAGUGGGAGCCCUUGUCUUCAUCCCGGGUUUAAUUAUUGCACUUCUGUUCAGACUGCGGCGCUCCAGAGAACACAACAGCUGCGUGAGAAUAUAAACCCUGAGCCUUCCCGACCCACACAACCACACAAAGAGAUUUGGUGUUAUAGUUAUGAGGUCACUAUGACUGUAAAAAAAACCACAUGCAU